CAAUGUACAAUUCUCAGAGAAAAACGGGGGCAAAAAUAAUUCAGAGUUAUUCUACAAAGAAACGUUUCUCAUUUCCCCGACCGGUUUAUCGGAGCAGACGCGGCCUCUCGGCGGUAAAGAUGAGUGUCUCGCCGCUGGAUCAGUGAUUGAAAACACCGCGGUAUGUUCAUGUAUCAUGCACAUGUAACCAUAAUCUACCAUACGGAUUCAAAGGGAAUACAAAAAGCUGAGAGACUUGACAGCGGGCUGUACCUGCGCCAAACGGGAAAAUAACGGAGGAUUUCCACGAAUAUCACCUGGAUAUUGCGUUAUAUUCAAGGACAUCCAGCUGCCAAAAACCGCCUUUGCUCGCCCGGAGAAGCUUUCCGAUGUGAGGAGAAAUACAAAUUAACGUUACGGAGAGAAAAAGGACGGAGAAGGGGCCUUUUUUUGGGUCUGGUCAAACCCUCCGAAAAGGCAAGCACCAGCAUCUGUUGACGGGGAGAUGAAAUAAUUUUGACAUCGACUAAAAACAGGAUAUUAUUGAUAAGGUUGCUAACAGCCCACCCCUCCACCCUCCAAAAAAAAAAAACGGUGUAUAAUGUGACGGAUUUGCGAUAGAGAAAGAAGCCCCGGUGUAGCCUGAUGAUUCACAUGCCGUCAUUUUAAGAGGAAAUAUUUAUUUUUUAAUUUUUUCUCAACCGCCCUCUCAUGUGCUUUGGUUAGGUGGAGAACGUAUUGCAAACAACCCCUAAAAAUAAUAACCUAAAAUACAUAUUUAAAGGGGGGGAAAAAAAGGUCGAGAAAAAAUAGGGCUUUGGUUGUGAGUGGAAAUGAAUUGAAUGGCAGUGUGAGAUAUCUGCCGAAGAUGGGCUCCGGAGGAGACGUUUGCUAAGAAAAUUAAACAUAACAGGGUGAAAAUAUAUACGUUUUAAAAAGGCCAGCGUUUGAAUCGAAAACACCUUUUACGGAAACAGGACCACCGACGUUCAUUCAUGUGCAUUGCAAGGCUGGAAAUUUCACAUCCACUCUCAUAUCAAUGUUGAUGACUUCAUUGCGGAUUUACAGUGAAAAACACAGGAAUCAAGCGUCUUAGAGGGCGGCAUCGUUGUUCUGCUCCUUUCUGACUGAUCUCUUGUUGAUUAAUUGCCAGUAAAUAGCCACAUCCAUCCAUACAUACUGUGCCAAAGCCUGGUGGGGCCCACCGUCUACUGCCUAACGGGUUUACAUCUGAUCCAUCUGCAUCUGGCAACAUAAAUGUCACCCAUUUUGAGCCAGGUGUUCCUCUGCUGGGCCAGUCUAGGAAUUUAGGAUCCAUUGAUUUUCUUCUGAUCACCACCCUCCCUCCUUCCUCUCUCCCUGCACCCACCUGCCCACCCACCCAACAAACCAACCAACCAACCAACCAACCACCCUGCCUCCCCCUGAACCUAACACUGGGUUUUUGGGAAGAUGGGCUGUCUUGGCAAUAGUAAGACCGAAGACCAACGAAAUGAGGAGAAGGCACAGAGGGAAGCCAACAAAAAGAUAGAGAAGCAGCUUCAAAAAGACAAACAGAUAUACCGGGCGACUCACCGGCUACUACUAUUAGGGGCCGGUGAAUCCGGGAAAAGCACGAUAGUCAAACAGAUGCGAAUAUUGCAUGUUAAUGGCUUCAACGCAGACUCUGAGAAAAAACAGAAAAUUCAUGAUAUUAAAAACAACAUUAAAGAAGCUAUAGAGACGAUUGUGGCCGCCAUGAAUACGCUCACACCGCCCUGCCAGUUAGCCUGUCCUGCAAACCAAACCCGAAUCGAAUAUGUCCUGAACCAAGUAAACCAGAAGGAUUUUGAGUUUCCUUCGGAGUUUUAUGACCAUGCAAAGAUCCUCUGGCAGGACGAGGGUGUGCGGGCCUGCUGGGAAAGGUCCAAUGAAUAUCAGCUCAUCGACUGUGCACAGUACUUCUUAGACAGGAUCGAUGUGGUCAGGCAGAAUGACUACACACCCACCGAUCAGGACCUGUUGAGAUGCAGAGUACUGACAUCUGGGAUCUUCGAGACAAGAUUUCAAAUAGACAAAGUCAAUUUCCAUAUGUUCGAUGUUGGAGGUCAGAGGGAUGAACGUAGAAAAUGGAUCCAGUGUUUUAACGAUGUGACAGCUAUCAUCUUUGUGGUGGCGAGUAGCAGCUACAACAUGGUGAUCAGAGAAGACAAUCAGACCAACAGACUACAGGAAGCCCUCAACCUUUUCAAGAACAUCUGGAACAACAGGUGGCUACGGACCAUUUCAGUAAUCCUCUUCCUGAACAAACAGGACCUGCUCGCUGAGAAGGUUUUGGCAGGGAAAUCUAAAAUUGAAGAGUAUUUCCCGGAGUUUGCACGCUACACUACACCUGAUGACGCAAUACCAGAGCCAGGUGAGGAUCCCCGCGUCACAAGGGCAAAGUACUUCAUUCGGGAUGAGUUUCUGAGGAUCAGCACAGCCAGCGGGGACGGACGGCAUUACUGCUACCCCCACUUCACCUGUGCGGUCGACACAGAAAACAUCCGCCGCGUCUUCAAUGACUGUCGCGACAUCAUACAGAGGAUGCACCUACGGCAGUACGAGCUCUUGUGAUGGGCAGCGGCGUCCGGUCUACUUAUCUACCUGCCGACCUACCUAUCUACCCCCCCACGACCAGUUAGCCAAUCACCCCCUCCACUUCCACCAACUUCACCAAUCAACUGAGCGAACAAGCGAGCGACUGACCGCCUGCCCUCCCUUCCACCCUGAUACAACGUCUCCCGGUAACAAUUUCAGAAAAACAGAACAGUGGAACGACGUGUUUUUUUGUUUUUUGUCUCUUUUUUUUUUCAAAGGAAACACAGUUAAGGAUACACCAACAACAGUUUCAUCAACUAUUAGCCAGGACUGAUUGCUGUACUCAGUUAUACUUUGACCCAGGAAAGAGGGUCAAGACUGGAAUCCCUCAGUGCAGGCUCUCCCUCCUUUUAGCUCUCUUUCUCUCUCUCAGAUAUAUGAACACACACACUCGCAGGUACACACACACACACACACACACACACACACACACACACACACACACACACACACACACACUACAGCAUAAGACAUUCAGAAGCCUUAAAUAGGUUUUAAUGUCUCAUAUCACAGUCAUACACACACAUAGACCCUUUCAAAACCAAGUCCUCCUGCUUUCAACAGUUGGCAGAGGCUGGAUUAAGUAAUGCAUCCUGAGAGAGAGGUAGUUUAUUCACCGCGUGCUGCAGACGAACCAGGAGAAAGAGAAGAGGAGAAAGAUGGACAUGGAGGGUGGCAAACUGAAACAGAGGAGGGCUGUGAGCCUUUUUUUUUUUUUUUUUGUGCCCGAGGACGGACUAAUUGACUAACGGCUGCCUGUGGACGUGAACGUGACUCGAACAUAAGACCAUACGGCUCACGUGACCUGCUCUUCAACAAACCAAUCGAGGAGGGAUGGCAGAAAACAACAAAAACAGAAAAAAAAAAAAAAGAAAAAUACCAUACAAUGCAUAAAUUCAUGCAUACCAGUGAACUUCAUGCAGUGCAAAAAAA